AUGAGAAUGUCACCUUCAGCGUUGAGUUUUCUGCUGAUUUGCACCUUCAUGGCCACAGUGAGAAGUCAGCAAUCAAUUGUGUCUACAAAUACAAUAAGUACUGGAGCCAAGUUUACAGUCACCUGUGAUGCCAACAAAGCUACUGGUGCUGCUCCACAAGGAGUUGUUGGUGUACAACAGCUGACCAUUUAUCGAAACCUGACAUCUACCAACACUUAUUCCAAUAUUGCUCAGUACCGUGCCGGUAUUCCCCCUGGUGUUAGUCCAAAUGUUACGAACAAUCCUACUGGAAGAAACUGGACCUUUACAUUCAGUGGGGCCGGCAAUGGUGCAAACAACCAAGGUACAAUGAGGAUUGUGUGGGAUGUAAAUGAUGUAUCAUGUAAUGAUGCUGGAAUCUACAGAUGUCAGAUAGACUAUUUUUUAGCAAAUGCUCCAUCAGUUACUGUCUUUGCUGCUGAUCAGAAUGUAACAGCAACAACUGGACUGUCCAAUUUUGACAUAAAAGCUGACCCGUAUCAAAAUGAUUUUGCUGUGGAUGACAAUGUCACAUUCACAUGCUCGGCUAUUGGACCAGCGACUGGUGUGACCUUCAAGUGGGAGUUCUGGGUUAAGGAUCAGUUUGACAUGGAUCAGCCACUGACUAUGCCAGCUAACAGUGAAACUAUGGACAAACCUCCAGUACCUCAAACUGGCAACACUGGUUGUGCACAGUACAAGUGGGAGUCAAUGCUGAGAAUUCAAGUACCCGCUGGGAAUGACCAGCAGGCGUACAAAUGUAUUGUAACUUACCUCCAGCAGCAAGAGAGCGGCAACUGGACUAUUGGUGUAAAACAUGAGGCUGAAAGAGUCGUUAGUGGAGGAACUGAUCCAGAUGUUGGCAUGAUUGUCGGUAUCAUCAUCGGUUGUCUUGUUGCCAUUGCUAUUGUUGUUGGCAUCAUCGUUUUCCUCCGAUACCGCAAGCGCUCUCAAGAAAACCGUUCAGGCAAUAAGGAUGAAAUUGAUGCUGCCAAUGAGGCGAACCUUCAUGCUCCACCUCCAGUGUUCUACCCCUCCAGCAAACAGAGUAAAGGAUCUAAGGAUGAGAAGGAUACCAAG